AUGGCGACUACACUGCAUUUACGAGCAGAGUCCAAGCCCCUGGAGCAUAGGUCUGCCUUGACGCCUGCGACGACCAAGGCCCUGCUCGAUGCGGGUUACAAAGUGAACGUUGAGCGAAGCACGGAAAGAAUAUUUGACGACUCCGAGUUCGAGGCUGUAGGCGCCACGCUUGUUCCUGAGGGUUCAUGGGUAGACGCCCCAGCGGACCAUAUCAUUGUCGGUCUCAAAGAGCUACCGGAGGAAAAGUUUCCUCUCAAGCACACACAUGUCCAGUUUGCCCACUGCUACAAGGGCCAGGCCGGCUGGCAAGACGUCCUUUCCAGAUUCCCUCGCGGCGGCGGGACACUGCUCGAUUUAGAGUUCCUGACCGACGAUUCUGGCCGGCGUGUUGCAGCUUUCGGAUACCACGCGGGCUAUGCUGGUGCCGCUCUCGCCGUCAUGGCAUGGGCAUACCAACUGAAGAAUCCUUCUGCAAAGACAAUGCCAGGCGUGUCUAGCUAUGCCAAUGAAAGCCUCCUGCUCGACGAUGUCCGAUCCCAGAUCGCGGAAGGAGAAAAGAUUGCAGGACGCAAGCCUACGGUCCUCGUCAUUGGCGCGCUCGGUCGCUGUGGCAGAGGUGCUGUCGACCUGUGCAAGCAGGUGGGCAUUCCAGACGAGCAGAUCAUCAAGUGGGAUAUGGCCGAGACGGCCAAGGGCGGUCCUUUCAGCGAGAUCGUCGAGUCAGACAUCUUUGUGAACUGCAUUUACCUCUCCGAGCCGAUCGCACCGUUCCUCAACAAAGAAUCGCUAUCUUCGCCGAAGCGCAAGCUCUCCGUCGUUUGCGACGUCUCAUGCGAUACCACCAACCCGCACAACCCGGUGCCUAUCUACACUGAGAACAGCACCUUCACAAACCCGACGUUACCAGUGCCCGGCUACGACAACCCCCCUCUUUCUGUCAUCUCCAUUGAUCAUUUGCCCAGCCUGCUUCCGCGAGAGGCGAGCGAAGCGUUCAGCCAGGCUCUUCUGCCCAGCCUCUUGUCUCUCAAGGACCGCAAGACGACAAGAGUAUGGCAACAAGCUGAAGAACUCUUCAACAGCAAGGUGGCGACGCUACCCGAAGCUCUGAGACAAAAGGAAAUCUGA